AUGUACUCUACCGCCACCCAGUCUUCUCCGUCGCUGGCUGGAGUCAAGAACAUCGUCUUGGUUCUGUCUGGUAAGGGAGGAGUCGGCAAGUCCUCAGUCACGACACAGCUGGCUCUCACGCUAGCAGCACAAGGGAAAAAGGUCGGAGUGCUGGACAUUGAUCUUACAGGACCUUCCAUUCCUCGGUUCUUUGGAAUGGAAGACAAACAGGUCUACCAGUCGUCGGCAGGCUGGGUUCCAGUCUACACCGACGCCUCCAGGAAUCUAUGUCUCAUGUCCCUCGGCUUCUUGUUGAGCUCUAGAGGAGACUCUGUUGUUUGGAGAGGUCCCAGAAAGACAGCCAUGAUUCGACAGUUCAUCCGAGACGUGGUUUGGGGAGAACUGGAUUACCUACUCAUUGAUACCCCUCCCGGAACGUCAGAUGAACACAUUUCUAUUGCCGAAGAGCUCAGAUUCUGCGACCAGAUUCUGGGAGCAGUGAUUGUCACGACUCCCCAGGGUGUAGCACUGGCAGAUGUGCGAAAGGAGCUGUCUUUCUGUAAGAAGAUUGGCUUCCCUAUUCUUGGAAUCAUCGAGAACAUGAGUGGAUAUGUCUGUCCUCAUUGUUCCGAGUGCCAGAACAUCUUCUCCAAGGGAGGAGGAGAGAACCUGGCUAAGCAGUACGAGUGCAAGUUUCUGGGCACGGUCCCCAUCGACCCCAAGUUUGUUCUCAUGGUGGAGAACGCCAAAGGUGGACUCCAGGAGAUUUACGGUGAGACCGACAUGGCCAAGAUCUUUGCAGGUAUCUGUGAUAAAGCCUUCAGUGAAGAAAAUGAGGAGGAAGCCAAAGAGACGGCCGAAGAGGAAAAGUCCAGAGCAGCCACGAACGGGCAAUAA